AUGAGCGAUGCCGACUACCCCAACAAGCGGCGGCGGUCGCAGUCCCCUCCGCGGCGAAAGCACGAUGGCGACCGUCAGUAUCGAGACCGCAAUGCGCCGAACAGACGCGAGAACGGUCAGCCUCAACGAUGGUCUCACAAAGACCAGAUGAGGAUCAACCAGAUGCAGGAAGACGAGCGGAUGAGGGAGUGGGUGGCGCAGGAGGAUGACUUUGUUCUCAAGCAGACCAAGAAGAAGGCAGACAUUCGAGUCAAGGAAGGCCGCGCAAAACCCAUCGACUGGCUGGCCGUCACUCUCCGCGUUGUCGACCCUACGAGGAACCCGCUGGAUGAUGAAGUGGACGAGAAAGAUCUGGACUUCGUGGACCCUGACAGUGUGUUCGACGACCUGUCCGAGAGUCAGCUCACCGAACUGCGCAAGGAUAUCGAAACGUAUAUGAAUCUGGAGAAGAACAGAAAGAACAGAGACUAUUGGAAGACCAUGCAAAUCAUAUGCAAAGAUCGGCAGAAGAAGCUGCGUGCGUCAGGUCCCGAGGGUAGAGCAGUCAGCUCUGUGGCCGCGGAUAUUGACAAACUGCUGGGACCCAAGACGUACGAGCAGUUAGAGACGUUGGAGGGCCAGAUCAGGGCCAAGCUCGAUUCAGACGAGCCGAUCGACACCGACUAUUGGCAGCAGUUGUUAGACAGCUUGCUGGUUUGGAAGGCCAAAGCAAAGUUGAAGAGGGUGUAUCAAGACGUUCUCGGUUCUCGCUUGAAGAGCCUAAGGCAGGAGAACGAGCGAAGAGCAACUCUUGCACAGCAACACUUCCGCAGUGCCGGAGUCGAGACUACACAGACCGUGCAGUACUCGAAGGUCUUGGACCCAGAGCCAUUGUUGGAGAUCGCGGCAAAGGACAAGUCCCUUGAAGUCCAGGACGAAAGCACAUUCCUGCAAAGCGUCGCUGCUAGUAGACGAAAAGUGCUACACAUGGGCUACGUGCCGGCGCCAAAGAUGAACGCCGCCGCGUCGACACCCUCUUUCUCAGCCCAGCCACGUCCAGCAUCACAACAAAUCAAGCCUACCGACCCAACGGCCCGCUUCGACACAUCCUCCCACGACGAUUCCUCCAGCACGAAAGCGCUCUUCGACCGCGAGGUCGCCCGCGGCGUCAACGAUGACGAAGAAAUCUUCGCCAAUGAGGACGAGUCGGCCACCUCUUCGCAGCAACCGGCCUGGCUUUCGCAGUACGGCGGGAAAUACCGGCCUCGAAAACCUCGGUACUUCAACCGCGUCCAGAUGGGCUACGAGUGGAACAAAUACAACCAAACGCAUUAUGACCACGAUAACCCGCCCCCGAAAGUCGUGCAAGGCUACAAAUUCCAUAUCUUCUAUCCGGACCUGAUCGAUCCGACCAAGGCGCCGACGUACAAGAUCAUCCGCGAGGGCGGCAGGAAAAAGGGACAAACGAUGGCCCCGGCAGGCGAGGAAGACACCUGCAUCAUCCGGUUCAUGUCCGGUCCGCCGUAUGAGGAUAUUGCCUUUCGGAUUGUGGAUCGCGACUGGGAUUAUAGUGCCAAGCAUGAGAGAGGGUUCAAGAGCACGUUUGAAAAGGGCGUGUUGACCCUGCACUUUAGUUUCAAGAGGAUUGUGUACCGCAAGUAG